AUGUGUUACUAUGGCAGCUACUAUGGAAGCCUGGGCUAUGGCUAUGGAGGCCUAGGCUAUGGCUAUGGCUGUGGCUAUGGCUGUGGCUAUGGCUGUGGCUGUGGCUAUGGUGGCUAUGGUGGCUAUGGAUAUGGCUGCUGCCGCCCACUUUGCUGUAGAAGAUACUGGUCCUGUGGCUUCUACUGA